UCAUUUUGGGAAAUUUCUUCAAAUUGAAUGUUUGUUUUUAAGUGAAUUAAUUGAUUGUAAUCGAUUUCACUUUAAUUUUAAUAUAUUUUAAUACUUUUAAUUACUGAUUCUCUCAACUGUCUGCUCUGUUUGUUCGACAAUUAAAAUGGAUUAUGUUGGAUCAGAUCAAAGACGAGGGAAAAAAGAUGAUAAAGAUAAAGAUGGCAAAGUUCAAGAUGAAAUGGACAUUGAGCUUCUUAAAUCAUAUGGAAAUUCAUUGUUUGCCAGUGUCAAAAAAGGUCGAGCUGCAUUACAGUCUGUUGUUGAUGAAUGGAUUGAAUCUUAUCGACAAGACAGAAAUACGGCAACUCUUGAGCUGCUACAGUUUUUCAGCUUAGCCUCUGGUUGUAAGGGAAAAAUAACACCACAAAUGAAAGAAACUAUGGACAAUGGAAGAAUCAUCAGAGAAUUGGUUGAAGAAUUUGAUGACCAGGCUGGUGGAGAUUAUCCAAUAAUUACCAAUGGCCCUCAAUGGAAAAAAUUUAGGUCCAACUUCUGUGAAUUUGUCCACACUUUAAUCCGACAAUGUCAAUACAGUAUAAUUUAUGACCAGUAUCUUAUGGAGAAUAUGAUUUCCUUCUUGAUCACAUUAUCUGACUCUCAAGUUCGAGCUUUCCGUCAUACAGCAACUUUAGCAGCUAUGAAACUGAUGACUGCGUUAGUUGAUGUCGCUCUUACUCUUAGUAUCAAUAUUGAUAAUACUCAGCGUCAAUAUGACAAAGCCCGUCUAGAAAAAGGAGGAAGAGGAGAUAAACUUGAUGGCUUGCAAAUUAAACGACAAGAACUUGAUGACAACAUGGAAGAUAUCAAAACUAUGCUUGGAUAUCUGUUCAAAUCAAUUUUCGUCCAUAGAUACAGAGACAUUAUUCCAGAAAUCAGAGCGUUGUGUAUGUAUGAAAUUGGCAUUUGGAUGAAAAGAUUUCCAAAUUAUUUCCUCGAUGAUUCUUUCCUCAAAUACGUUGGGUGGACAUUACAUGAUAAAGUUGGUGAUGUGCGACUUAAAUGUUUACAAUCCUUGCUACCACUUUAUGAAACUGAAGAAAUUGCAAGAAAAAUGGAAUUGUUUACCAACAAGUUCAAAGAACGAAUUGUCGCCAUGUCAUUGGACAAAGAAUAUGAGGUCGCAGUUCAAGCGGUCAAAUUGAUCAUCAGUAUUCACAAGUAUCACCGAGAAGUUUUAACUGAUAAAGAUUGCGAACAUGUUUACGAGUUGGUUUACGCUACUCAUCGGAAUGUCGCUCAAGCUGCUGGUGAAUUUUUGAAUGAAAGACUAUUCCAGGUUGACGAAGAAGUUACAGCAAAUUUAUGCUCUCGAAGAGGUAAAAAGCGAUCGGUUCACACUCCAUUACUUAGAGAUUUGAUAACUUUCUUCAUUGAAAGUGAGCUGCAUGAACAUGGUGCAUAUCUGGUUGACAGUUUAAUCGAGAGUCACCCGAUGAUGAAAGAUUGGGAAUGUAUGACUGAUUUACUGCUCGAAGAGCCAGGGCCUGAUGAAGAAGCACUAGAUGAUCGACAAGAGACCAGUUUAAUUGAGAUUAUGGUUUGUGCAAUAAAACAAGCGGCAACGGGAGAAUAUCCUAUUGGACGAGGUCCCGUUCGAAAACAAAUAUCAACCAAAGAAGCUAAACAAGUGGCCGAUGACAAGAACCGUAUCUCAGAGCAUUUUAUUGUUGCUCUUCCUUUACUUUUGGACAAAUACAAGACCGAUCCUGAAAAAAUCGCCAAUCUAAUGACUAUCCCUCAAUAUUUUGAGCUAAGUUAUUAUUCACAGACUAAUGAUCAACUUGAAUCUCUUUUGAGAUUGAUAAAUGUUCUUGUUGAAAUUCACUCGGAUUCGGAAGUUUUGGAAGCUUGUGCCAAAGCAUAUGAGUACUUGUACGACGAAAAUUUCACAUUCAAAAGAGAAGUCUGGGUUUCUAAAAGUUCUUUAUUGGAUACUCUGGUUCUUCGAAAACACAAAGAUGCAGUCGAAGCUUAUUCUGAACGCCCUAAUGGACGAGAUGAGAGAGAAGCUGUUGUCAUGAUUUCGAAAAAGAUUGCAGCUUUCAUAUCCUGUCAUGAUAUGAGUUCUUACGAAAUGUGGGACACAAUUUUCGAGCGAUGGAUAAGAGGAGCUGGAUCAGAAAACGCUGACAGUGUUCCCGAAGAAGCUAUUAAGUAUUCGAUAAGUGUUUGUUAUUAUGCUUUGAUUUGGGAACUGCACACUCUCUCUGAAGCUCGAAAUCAAGGACCUGUUGAUCAUUAUACUCGUAAUCGUUUGAUUGAAUUUAUUGCUGAAUUACGUGACAUAUUGACCCAUCCUAAUGAAGACUUAGCUCAAGAAGCUUAUUUCAGUAUUUGCGAUUUACUUCUCAUGUUUGAUCACCAACUCGAAAAUGAUUCACCAGCAGUAGCCCAAUUAGUUUAUCGACCGAACAACGCUUUGAUCAAACAAUUGGAAACUUUCAUUAUGGAGAGAGUUUUUGUUUAUGAUGAAGAAUCUGAGGAUGAGCCUGGAAUCCAAAAUUCGGUUGAACGACUUCACAAGAAAAGGCACUUGCUCGCUGGAUAUUGUAAACUGAUCAUUUAUAACGUAAUCCCAAUGAGACAUGCUAUUUGUGUUAUCAGGCACUAUGUUAGAUUUUUCAACGAUUUUGGAGAUAUCAUCAAGACCACACUUGGUAAAUUACGAGAAAUGAAUAAGGUCAUUUGUGCGAAAACAAUGGCCAGUGCUUUGAUCCAAGUUUUCAAAGAGCUACAAACGGAAUCCCAUCAAAACGCAAAUGCAUUUACAAAACAAGACGAAAACUUUUUGGCAUUGAAAGAAUUGGCUAAAAGAUUUGCUUUAUCUUUUGGUCUUGAUAAUCAAAAAAAUCGAGAUGCCGUAGCAUCUUUACAUCGAGAAGGAAUUCAUUUUAGCUUUGAUAAAUUGGACAAUCCAAUUGAUCCUCUCGGACCUCCACCUAAUUUACCUUUUCUUGAAAUUCUUAGUGAAUUUUCAAACAAAUUGAUUAAACAAGAUAAAAAGACUGUUUUACUUUAUUUGGACAAAUGUGUUCAAAGUGCAUUACCAGGAACACACAACGACGAAUGGCAGCCAUUGAUGAGCUAUCGAAGUAGUUUGAUACAACAUAACGAAUUCGAUCUUCCUCUGAAUCGAGCUCCAGGACGACAAUACAGAGGUAGAAAAAGAAAUCGUGAUGAUAAUGACGAAGAAGGAGUCGAAGAAGACCAGAUUGACCGUGAAUCCGAAGUUGGAUCCGAAAUCGCUGAAUAACUUAAUUCAUUUAUCCCAAUUUUUAAUUAACGCAUCAAUUUAUAUUUUAAUCAACAAAUCAAAUCAUCUUUUUUUUGUAAAUUAUAUAAACAAUCAUCUCACGAUUAUCCCAACAAACACUACAACAUCAGAGACUCAAUCAAGUUAAAGUCUAAUUAUUUAAUCAAAUCAAAUUUUCACUUUAAUCCACAUUGAUUUCCAAUUUACACUUUUAAUUUGUACUUGAUUUUUACUUAAUAUUAUAAAAUGACGACAAGCUAAGAAAUGUUGUCAUCCGAAGUUUA